UGCCGUAAUUGAUUCACAGUACAAGUAAUAGUGCAAGUAAUAGUAGUGAUGGGAUUUAAAACCAACCUCACAUUUGAUAUACUUACACUUAUUAAAACAGAAUGUAAUGACUGUUCUGUGCAGGUGGAGGGGGAGGUGGAGGUGGUCGGGGUCGUGAGACUGACGGAGAUUCGUAAACCCUUCGUACCAAGCAACGACGUGAAGAGGAACCAAUGGCACUACCGCGACCUGGAGGCCAUGGGCGGGGUCACCGGGGCCGAGCCCGUCUUCAUCGAUGCAUCCUUCGAGACCACUAUACCUGGUGGACCAAUAGGAGGACAGACCAGAAUUACACUGAGGAACGAACACAUGCAGUACAUAGUAACAUGGUACGGCUUGUGUGCAGCGACCUCCUACAUGUGGUUUGCAAAGUUCAUCAAGAAACUGUGAUUAAAUGCAGUGAUUGCAAAGCACAUUUCUGAUGUACUUGAUGUGUACUGUGUCAGCUGAAGCCCACUGCAUAGACUCGCUGAUGGAUUUGUAAAUAGUUGUGUAUUAUUCUCCUGAAACAAUAAAUUCAAAUCUAAGUCA